AUGGCCGGCUGCUGCCGCGCGAUGACGGCGAGCGCCGUCAUGCGAGGCUGCGGCGUGCGUCUCCGCGAAUUCGCGACGCGAUCGUCGACCUCGACGACCUCGACGAGGGCGGCGAGGGCGUCGUCGCCGAGAUCUAGAAUCGCGGCGGUGCUGACGCGGUCGCGGAUAGCCGACGGCGGACGUCACACGCCGUGGGGGCACGUCCGCGGCGGGCGAUCGUCGCGAUCGCGGUUCACGCGCGCGCGCGCGGGACUGACGACGGAGAGAGAGAUCACAGCCGCGCCUUCGUCCGCGUCCGCGGCGUCAGAGACGGACGACGACGACGCGCCGACGACGACGGUGCUGUUUUCCGUCGAAGGAAUGCGCUGUGGCGGGUGCUCGGCCGCGGUGCAAAAAGUCCUCACCGCGUCUCCUGGAGUCGUCCGCGCCGCGGUCAAUCUCGUCACGGAGACGGCCGCGGUCGAGUUCGCCUCGGGCGCCGGCGCGGCCGCGACGAAAGAAGCCACGGACGCGGUCGCGAGCAAAGGAUUCGUUUUAUCCGUGCGCCCCGUGGGACGAGCCGCGGAGGAAGCCGCGAUCGAGGCGGAAGCGCGAAGAGCGGAAGAGACCGAACGCACGAAGUGGGAUCUGUACAAAGCGUGGGGACUCACCGGCCUAUGCCUCGCGACGCACACGACGCACCACCUCCAUCACCUCGGUCUGCACGAGUACGCGCACGGCUCCGUGCUCACCGCGCUCGGGGAACCGUGGGUCGGGGGCGCGAUCGCGGUUCUCGCGCUCGCGGGGCCGGGCGCGGGGAUCCUCCGCGAAGGGUUCAGAGCGCUCGCGAACGGCGCGCCGAACAUGAACUCUCUCGUCGGCGUCGGCGCGUGCGCGGCGUUCGGUUUAUCGAUCGCGGGCGCGUUCGCUCCGCCCGUCGUCGGGGACUACGGGAUACCGAUCAGUAACGAUUUCUUCGAAGAACCCGUGCUGUUGCUGGCGUUCAUCCUGCUCGGCAGGGCGCUCGAAGCGCGCGCGCGCGCUCGAGCGGCGUCCGAUUUGCGAUCGCUCUCGACGCUGUUUCCCUUGGACGCGAAGCUCGUGAUCGCGGACAAGCUCGACGAGGACGCGGACGGCGAUCCGAUGACCGUGGUCGUCGACCGCCUCGCGCUGCGCCCGGGGGAUCUCGUUCGGGUGCUCCCGGGGGAGGUGAUACCCGUGGACGGCGAAGUCGUCUCCGGCGCCGCGGCCGUUGACGAGGCGACGCUCACGGGGGAGCCUCUGCUCGUGCCGAAGACGACGGGCGACGGCGUCUCCGCGGGGACGGGCGUCUUUGAAGGUCCGCUCACGGUGAGGGCGAGCACCGCGGGGGACGGCAGCGUCGCCGCGGGAAUCGCGCGCACGGUCGCGGACGCGCAAGCUCGCGCCGCGCCGGUUCAGCGCCUCGCGGACGCGGUCGCGGGUCCGUUCGUGUACGGCGUCAUGGCCGCGAGCGCGGCGACUUUUGGUUUCUGGACGUUAGCGGGGGACGCGUAUUUCCCCGGGGCGCUGUUGGAAGCCUCAGGCGGCGCGGGAUCCGCCCUCGGCGCGCUGAAACUCGCCACGGACGUGCUCGUCGUGGCGUGCCCUUGCGCGCUCGGGCUCGCGACGCCUACCGCUGUGCUCGUGGCGACGUCCGCGGGCGCGAGGUUAGGGCUGCUGCUGCGAGGCGGGGACGUCCUCGAAGCCGCCGCGGGGAUCGACACCGUCGCCUUGGAUAAGACGGGAACGAUCACCGAGGGGCGACCGCGGGUGACCGGGGUCGCGGCCGCGUCAGGGGCGGUGAUGGACAUCGGGGACGCGAUGCGGCUCGCUGCGGCGGUGGAGGCGAGCACGACACACCCGUUAGCGGCUGCGGUGGCUGCGGCGGCGGCGGGCGACGGCUCGAGCUCGUCGUCUCCUCUCCCUAAAGCAGUCGACGCGGAGACGUCGCCAGGUCGCGGUGCGUCCGCGAUCGUAGAGGGUCGCCGCGUGUUCGUGGGUAGCCCUGAAUGGGUGGACGUUCAGGUUGGCGCUGCUUCCGGGACGGCGGCGGCGGUUGGCGCGGCUGCGGCCGCGAACUCCGCGGAGAAGGGCGGUCCCGCGGCCGCGGCGUGCAGUCUCGUCGCCGUCGGCGUCGAAGGCGAAGGCGUCGUAGCCGGCAUCGCGAUCGCCGACAAAGUGCGUCCGGGCGCCGCCGCGGCCAUUCGUCGACUUCGGGCUGAUAUGGGUCUCAAGGUUGUCAUUCUCUCUGGUGAUCGUCAAGCCGCCGUGGACGCGGUCGCCCUCGAGUUGGGGUCACGCGAGGGUGACGGGAUCAUCGCGAAGGGCGGGUUGCUGCCAUCGGACAAGGAAGAUUUCGUUAAACGACUUAAAAGCGAAGGCGCUAAGGUCGCGAUGGUGGGAGAUGGCAUCAACGACGCCCCCGCUCUGGUAGCUGCGGACGUCGGGAUGGCCGUGAGCGGCGGCAUGGAGGCGACCGCGCAGGCGGCCGGCGUGGUUUUGAUGGGGGUUUCCGACGACGAGAAAACGAGCGAGAGCGCGCAGGGCGGUGGUAUCGGGCAGGCAGCGGACGCCAUCGAGCUCGGCCGGUCGGCGUUGUCGAAGAUUCGUCAAAACCUCGGAUGGGCGUUGGCGUAUAAUCUCGUUGGCGUCCCCGUCGCGGCUGGGGUUCUCCUCCCUGAAUACGGCAUCUCGCUGAACCCAGCCGCCGCGGGCGCGAUGAUGGCGUUGAGUUCAGUCGCGGUCGUCACGAAUUCGUUGAUGUUGAAAGUACCCGGGGGUGUGGAACGCG